AUGGCAGAUGUAAUAGAAGGCGAUUCCGAUAUUGACUUUAGAACGACCACAGAUGAAGCACUGAAUGAUGAACAUGCACCAGCUAAUUUAAUACAAAGAAAAAGAAAAGUAACAGUAACAGACGACAAUAGUGAUGAAGACCCCGAUUUUGAGAUUGGAAAUGAAACAAAAACAGUAACAGACGACAAUAGUGACAAACACCUCCAUUUUGAGAAUGGAAAUGAAACAACAGAAAACACGGUCAAUGUAAACAUUAAGAGGAAGAGGAAUAAAAGGCAAAAUGUUUGUGAAAAGAAAUGGACCAAUAACCAAAAGAAAAUUAAACACUGGUACCUAACAGAAAGAACAGCGAAAGCUUUCAACCAAGUCUCGGUGGACGAUGAGGCGAAAAAGUACAUGGCAAUCAAUACGCAUCUGGGACUUCUUCAAGUUAAUCGCCUACAACCGGGGAUCAACACAGCACCGGGUCGGUUCCAGGAGUUCAUGGAUCGCAUACUGGGCGAAACGGGUGGAGCAGCUUUCUUGGAUGACGUAAUCGUCCCCGGAAAAGGAAAGGAGGAUCAUGAUGUCCGCCUCAUGACAGUGCUUGAACGACUCAAAGAGGCUGACCUUGGCAAGUGUAUAUUCGGGAAACCGUCAAUAUGCUUCCUUGGAAAAAUUAUUGAUGCCAAAGGCAGCCACACGUCAACGAUCGUCCAUAUCGUACCACACCAGGAAAAUUACCUGAAAAAUACAAAGACUUCGUGA